AUGGCUACUGUUUCUAAUUCCAGAGCUCUUUCGAAUCUGGCAGUUGUUUUAGUUUCCAUUAUCAUGACAUCUUUGGUGAUCCCUUCAGCUGGUAGUUUCUACAGGGACGUUGAUAUAAACUGGGCUGAUGGCCGCGGUAAGAUACUGGAGGGUGGCAGGCUUCUAACACUCUCCUUAGACAAAUAUUCGGAUUCUGGAUUUCAGUCCAAGAAUGAGUACCUGUUUGGAAGAUUUGACAUGCAACUCAAACUUGUUCCCGGAGACUCUGCUGGAACUGUAACCACAUUUUUCUUAGCAUCUCAAGGAACUGGUCACGAUGAAAUUGAUUUCGAGUUUCUAGGCAAUUGUGGGCUUAUUUUGGUGGUUCUAGCUUAUUUGGGUGGUUCUCUUUAA